ACGCACGAAUAAUAAUACGUGGAAACUUGACUCAACGUGAAAUUCUGUACAAAUAUUUUCUUUUUUUUCGAUGCGAUGAGUUGACAGAAACAAAAUUAAGGAACAAUUUAUUUGGCUACAGUUAAAUUUUUCAUUAGUAACGGAUUUUUAAAUUUAAGUCAACGACAAUAAAUAAAUCUUGUAAAAAUGAUGCAAGUUACAGACUUUCAAAGUAAGUUAUUAAAUAAACAAACUUAUUACUAUUACAUUACUAACUACUAUUAGACUAACUUAUAACUUAAAUUUAAAUUCAUAACUUAAGUUUUAGACCAUAUUCACAUUUAUUCCAUUCAACAUUCUCAUUUCUGUCAUCUUAUGUGAAUUGGUUCAUUGACUUUUCUCGUUUGAAGUCAUGACUUGAUUUGCUGGGGUUCAACACUGUUUUAUGUUUAAAAUUCAUGUUCCCAGCUAACAUAAUUUUUUUUCCAACUCAAACGGACCCUUAUUUUCAUGUCAUACUUAUUAAAAGGGCGUUUAACUGUUAAAUUCAUAACCAAGGUUACUUGAUUUGAAGGUUUAUAUCUAAAUAAAACAAAAUUUACUGACAAAUUUUGAAAACUGUUACCCUUUUUAUGGAAAAACAAAUUUUACUGGCAGACUUUUAAAAUAUAAAAGUGUUUAACCCAUUCAAAUGUCACAAUUUUUCAGUGGAGCGUAGUAAAAUUAAGGGACUAAAAUUCCAUUUGACCUGAUGAUUUUUAACGCUAAAUCCCCGCUUUCUGUUUAACAAACCUUUGUCAUGUAGCAUAUGGCAAAUUGAACAAGGAACAUGUUUAAUUUAUAAAAUAGUGAUGCAAAAUUAUAUAGAGAAAACUUUAGGGGUAAUAUGACAGUGACAGUGGUAUGUAAAAGUAAAAGUAACAAUAAUUUUUUUUUUUAAAUUUUACUUACCAAUCAGAUAAGAAUAAUCCAAACAAGAUUCUUUUUUUCAGCAAAUAAUUCUUAUUAAAUAUCCAAAGUAUGAGGAAAGUUUGUUGCAGUAGCUUAAGAAAUCGCUUAGUUAUGAAUUUUUUCUCAACACAAAUGUCUUGAAUAAAUGUUCCAAAAGUUAAUAAUAAAAAUAACUAUACCGGUGUACACAUAUUUACAAAAUAUAUAAACAAAUCCUCUUCAUUGUUUUCAUUCGAGUCCAAUGAAUCAUUCAAGCUAACUAAUUGGCUUGCUUCCUCGGCAGUCAUACAUCUAAAUUUUGAGCGAGCAGACCUAAUAUUAGUAUCAGUACAACUUGUUGAAGCCAUUACAAUCAGCUGAUGUUUGUUUACAAUUUUUAAAACGUGAAAAAAAAAAAAGCAAAAAUACACUUAAAGGGGUACAAUCCGCCAGAAAUUUCAAAGAAUGGAAGUUAAAACUCUUCUGAAUAAAAGUUUUGAAAGCUAUAAAUAGAAUAUUUUCUGUAAAAGUUAAAACAUUAAUGGCAUGAAACAAACCAGUGAUGGCUCACUCUACAGCUAAACAUAUUCAGGCGAAAUUGGGUUUACGCACACUGUGGUGAAACGUAUCGAAUUGGUUAAACUAUGAAGCUAAAUAUUUUUUGGCGCUGUCACUAUGAGUCCAUUACUUUUAGACUCUAUCAUAGAAUUAUUUAAAUAAUUACAUUCUCAAACUUAUCAUAAUUAUUAUCAUACGUAGAAAUAUUAUCUUUUGUUCAUUUUUCCUCGACCUUUAAAUUUGUUUGUGCGUUCGCAAUAGUUUUUUGAAUAAUUAAUUAUUUUUGAAGAAGAACUUUCAUAGAUUGGAGUGGCUGAAUUAAAAAUUUAUUUGCAAAUUUAUUAAUGGUUGGCAACCCUGUCCUUUACUGGUCAAAGUCUUGUUACAUUUCCUUUAUUAUACGUAUGACUUUAAUUCAGAAUUUAGAGCAUGGGAAAUUUUCGAUAUUGAAAAAUAUUUAUGUUAAGAAGCACUCAUCAUAAUUUGUUGUUCCUCCAGAAAUAGGUGUUGGCCUAGCAGGAUUUGGAAUUGCCUUUUUGUUCCUGGGAAUGUUGUUGUUGUUUGACAAAGGCCUUCUAGCUAUUGGAAAUGUAAGUUUUUUUAUACCAGUUCUUUUGUAAAAACAUAAAUGUGUGGAAAAUUAUUCUGUUUUUUAGUAACCGGACACUUAUUAAAACAGAAUUUCCCAACAUUUUCUGUGUUCUGCACCCCCUAUGAACUAUUUGACUAACCACAACAAAAAUAAAAAAAAAAAAAAAAAAUUAAAACAAAAAAAUGAAUUCUAAAUUUUUUAAUUGAAUUACAAAGAGAGCAGUAGCAGACCUGUUUUUUCUUACACUUUUGACCCACAAUGUACAAUUUUGACAUGUCUUUUUUGAUUGUGUGUUGAUACCUGUCAAUACUACGAUUUUUAUGAGACUGGGUUAAAAAAAUAUAUUCCUGUAGUUUUUUAUGAUUUAUGAUGCUAGUUUUAGCUCCUUUCUACACCUCAUGGUGAAUGGACAGAGAAAUACGAUUAGCUGGGGACCAUCCAUAAUUUAAAUACACACUGAGAUGGCAAAGUGGGUGGAGUUGACUUGGAAGCACACAGGUGUGCAUUGGAGUUGACUUGGAAGCACACAGGUGUGCAUUGGAGUUGUCCGGCCUUUUUUAGAUUACACAUCUUCAGUCUGGGACCCAUUCACCCAGCAGAGCAUUGACAGGUUUGAGGCUGUCCAACUACGGGCGGCACGCUUUGUUCUGAAUCGCUACAGGACUGGAAACACUGGGCUAGUCACCAUUGGAGGAAAGAAGACGAUUAACCAGGCUCUCCAUGAUGGACAAGAUACAUAAUGGGCUGGUCCACUGCUCCAGCAUUAAACAGAAACUCGUCCCUCUCCCCCCUCUCCGCCUCAUAAUAGCAAGAACACAGGACCGGAGCUGCUCAUUCCUGCCAAAGACAAUCAAGGACUGGAACAAGCUUCCAAAAGGAACAGUUGAGUCAACAACAUUUGACACUAUUGCCUUCCAAACCCCAGUUCCUGAUACCCUCGCUGAGUAGCCCUUGCAACCAGUGAAAUAUCCUCUUUAAUGCCAGCCUCAGAAACAUUGCAGAUCCGUCUACACACAUAGGAGCUAGAAUGAUCAAUAUAUUGAUUGUGGGCCCUUAAUAUAUAGAAGAAGAAGAAGAAGUAAUAUUUAUCGUAUUCAUCCUAGUGAGAAAUUUCACUUUCGCUUAGGUUUCAUUUGGUGCUCUAUGACGAAAUUUAUUGACAUAAUUCUGUUCUUCUUUAGCUGAACUGGGAUUGCGAUAAUGGAGCAAGCUAAAGAUUAAAAGAAAUAUAAAAUGACAUCUUCAACUGUUCCACACUGCAACGUUAGAUUUUGACAUAUUUUAUAAGAUCAAGUUAGCUGCAUUUGAAAUAUAUUAUUAGAAGUCACCAAGCAGCUGCACAAUGUUUAAUAGCCCAGUUUCGUUCCACUUCUCUUCCUUUUUUCCAAUACAGCUUGCGGUAUUUAUUAGACUAUAAUAUGUUAAUGGUAAAUAAAAUCAAGCUCCUAGGCUCAAGGCAGGGGUGGGCAAUAUGCAGCCCACCACCUUAACAUUUGUGGCCCACCGGAUGUAUCACUAAUGAACUAAUUAUUUCUUCAUCCAAUGAGCCAUUAUUUUCAUUUUUGGCAUAAACCCACAUUUGAAAUAAUAUACACAUCAUUUUUUCGUUUUCGGUCUUUCCGCACCUUUUUUAGGCCGAUUUAAAAAAGGUAGAUUGAAAUAAUGAAUCGAUUCUCCAAUAAUUUGACUCUUGAGUAACUACUCAACUAAAAAGGAUUAUGUAAACCCAACUAAGCAAAGGGAACCUAAUUUUCCACAAGUAUUUUUGAUUCAUUGUAGAAUGAUGCAAAACUAUUUCCAGGUAUACGCAAAAAUGAAUUUCUGCAUUUUGUAUUUAUACGAAAAUUUCUGGGAAGGGGGCUCUACCUCCUCCCCAAACCCCACCCCUCAAUUUCUGCUCUCCUGCCAUAUCUUGGUCUGUCAAAGUGACAAAUGACGGGCACCUUUUUAUUUUCAAUAAUGCACAGUCUAUAAAUAUAAGUACAUAAAUAUAUAAAUGCGAGUCGUCUUCUUUGAGAAGUGAACUUUAUUAGACAAGCGAUGCAAAUAGUUGUUGUUUACAUUAUACUGUAUGUUUAUUUAUUUACUAUUGCAAUACAGUAUUGUACGAUUUUGAGAUAGUAAAGUACUAUUCUGAGACUCUAUUAUACUAUUUUGGGAGUUCCAUUGUAACCUGGUCUGCAUUAGGACCUAGAAAAGUCACUUUUUACAUAUGACAUAAAGAGUUUUUAAAAAUUAUAAACUUAAAAAGUGAUAUCAUAAUUUAAAAUUCAAUGUUUCCUCUUUUCUUACAUCACUUUUCCUCGCUCCCCUGAAAUGACACCAUAUGUUAAGAAACUCUGUGUUUAAAUGAAAUCAUAUGUUAAGAAACCCUGUGUUUAAAUGACAUUAUAUGUUAAGCAACCCUGUAUUUAAAUGAAAUCAUAUGUUAAGCAACCCUGUGUUUAAAUGAAAUCAUAUGUUAAGAAACCCUGUGUUUAAAUGACAUCAUAUGUUAAGAAACCCUGUGUUUAAAUGAGAUCAUAUGUUAAGAAACCCUGUGUUAAAAUGACAUCAUAUGUUAAACCCUGUGUUUAAAUAAAGUUUAGUAAUUUAAAAAUAUAUAUUUUUUACAAUGAUUUGAUAAAUUUAUAUUGUCAAUUAUAUAUUUUCAGAUUCUGUUCAUCAGUGGUCUAGCUUUUGUUAUUGGACUGGAGCGCACAUUUCGCUUCUUCUUUCAGAAGCACAAGCUUAAGGCCACAGGUUUCUUUGUUGGAGGAAUGCUGAUUGUGUUGCUUGGUUGGCCUAUUGUGGGAAUGUGUGUUGAACUCUAUGGAUUCUUUUUACUCUUCAGGUUAGUACAAAAUUGCAACUCUGUGCUACCGCUGCUUGCAUGACCUGGCACCGUCCUAUCCCAAAGCGCUCAUGACGCCUUAUGUACCCACUAGACAACUCCACUCAUCCGAUAGUGGCAAACUCUCGAUACCACGUGUUUGCCUUGAGACUUACGGGAGGCGCACUUUCGCAUUUGCUGGCCCAACAAUUUGGAACACUGUUCCUGAUGCUCUCAGAAACAGCCAGACACUGGAGUCUUUCAAAACCGAAUUGAAAACACAUCUAUUUCGCAAACACCUGCUGGGGUGAUGUUGUCUAUUAUCUUUUCCAGCUGGCUUUUAUCUCCUAGAUGUAUAUUGGCCUGUGUUGUUUAUGGGAUGAAAAAAUUAGAAUGGGUAUUCUCUUAUGUAGUUUUUGUAAUGUUGCGUUUUGUAUUUCAAUGUGGUAUAAUAUAAAUUUUUAAAAAUUUCUCUUUUAAUUUAGUUGACUUUGUACCGCGCUUCGAGCCUUUGGAGAUGAAACGUGAUUUUCAAAUAAACUUUAUUAUUAUUAUAAUUAGUCCUUCAAACCUUACCUAAACUGUGCCACCAGCAUUUCUCGUGCUUCAUGUUACAAUGGUACAAACCAAACUUUAGGGUUUUUUAAAAAUUGUGUUUGAACACAGUAGAGAGAAAAACGAGCUUACAAACUGGACCUGACAGCGAUGAAAAAUAGUUUGUUUUAAGAGGCAGACUACUAGAUUUUUACCAAUACAUAAACACCCUUUAAUAGUAGAUAGUGGUUUCUCUUUACUCCCAUUAUCAUACAGCUGUAAGACCACUCAGUAAUUCAUCUCAAUUUCUUCAGUUUUAUUGCAUCAUAAGCCACUUGAAACUCAUCAUUCAAAAUGAAUGAAAGAAACCAGAACAAUCCGAGGAAGUCUCUUGUACCUGAAAAUAAGAUAAUUUUUUCCCCGCAACUGAUCAUACCGCAUGCUCUGCUUUUUAUUACUUACAUUUGCACAAAUCAAACUAUGUGACCAGCAUGCAUUCGGCUUGAUGUUACAUUUGGACCAAUGCAUGCUGGUUACAUAGUUUGAUUUUGUGCAAAUGUAAGUAAUAAAAGUUUGUUUGGACCAAUGAAACAUCUGCUUGAUGUUACAUUGGUCCAAACAAACUGUAAAGAACAAACGGAUAACUUAAUAAAAUGCUAAUUAUCGACAUGAACCAGCAAAAUAAAAAGGUCACAGACUUGAGAUAUGUUUCAAAUGAGCAGUUCCUGCUAUUGCCAUGCCAGUGUCCUAUUCCAGCAUAUCAAACAUAUUUUAAAAAGCUUUAUGUAAUAGUAAACAUAUUUCACAACAUUUUUGUUUGCUUAUUUAGUUCUUUACUUUUUAUUCCAGUGGGUUUUUCCCUGUUGCAGUCAACUUUUUAAGACGAGUGCCGGUCGUAGGAUCAAUUUUGAACUUGCCGGGUAUAAGAUCUGUAAGUAUAUUGUUUCGUUGCAAAUUGUGGUUUUAAAAUUGAUGUUACUAUAUUUAUCAUAAAUGUGACUUUCAUUCAGAAUGUAGAGCUAUGUAAAAUUUGUAAGAAAUCCCAUAUUUUUUAAACCAAAGAUUUAGAAACAUAACUGUCAUCAUCUAUUUAACGAUUUUGUUGUAGAAGUUAAGCUUAUUGAAGUUUUCAAACUAUUGAUCCUUAUUUUUCAGAUUGCAGACAGAAUAGGAGAGUCUAGUGCAAUGGUAUAACAUCAGUUUCAAGAAUAGAUAUUUUAAAUGAUGGAAUGAAAGUAAAAGUUAGCUAUAGCUUCUAUAAGUGGAGAUCUGAUUGUAGUCCUGUAAAAGUGAGCCUCCAAACUUGUCUUGUAUCAGAUAUUCUUUAUGUUAUGAGAUUAUCAAUGGCUUAAAAGUACUGAAUGAAAAAUAAUUUCCUGAAAAUAAGUUUAGUUAUGAAUGAAAUUUUGUCAUACAUUUUUGUAUUUUAUUGGUUGAGUAAUAAAAAGUAAUUUAGUCGUAUGAAGACUGGUAGAAUAACUUUGCAGACAAUGGGGACAGUUUAUAUUUUUACAUUUAUGUAAAUUCAAGUUUUAAAUGAAAUACCCUCAUCUAGUUUGUUUCAAACUUCCUUUUUGUCUCCAACCACAUGAUGAGAGAAAAUAUGUUAAAUUCAUUCACCACCAUAAGCAGUUGACCUUGACCUAGGCUUGGGAUAAUAUACUGUGACCAGCUUGCCAAGAAAUUGGCUUUAAAUUUUAAAGAAUACUUUCAAAUGUUAUUAACUGCAAGUAAAAUUAUUUUAGAAAGUGAUGAGUUUUCCCACAAUAAAAAGAUAGACCAGGUCUGUGUGCAGUAUAAGAUACAUUAUAAAAUAACAAGAAUUCUUUUAUGAUGUGUUGACUUAAUGCUAAGUAAAUUAUAACUAUUAAUCAAACUGAAUUGUAAUUAACUUUUUUAAAUGUUGUAGUGCAUUUUAAGUGUAAUGCAUAUGAAAUAAAAUUUUGAAAUAUUUUUUUAACUCAGUGGUAAUGAAAUAGUGAAUAGUUGAAAGAUAGGUGAAUAAUAAUUCCUUAAAAAAAGUAAAGAAAAAUAUUUCUAUACAAUUCUACACACAUCUUAGACAAAAAUCACAACAAAAUAAAUUCUGCCAAAAUGUUUUUUGAAAUUCUGUAGAUAAUCAAUUGACCUCGAUGCAGAUUAAUAACAGUAUACAAAAUUAAUGAAAGAUGAUACACCUACACACUGGGAGAAAGAUUUUUUUUCCAUUUGUAAUUAUCUAAAGCAGGCCUGCACAACUCAAAGUGUAAGGCGGGCCGUAGUAGGACAGGACUUGUGCGGGUCAAAAGAAAAUAGGACGGGGGGGGGGGGGGGGGGGAGGCUAGUAAGAAAAUUAUAAGAAUAAUGAAUAUUUUGUUACUUCGCGGGGCGCAAAGUGGAUGCUGGCGGGCCGUAUGUUGUGCAGGGCUGAUCUACAACAAUUAAAGAAAUGUGUACUUUUUUUUUUAAGGAAUAUUUUAAAAAUAGACAAGUUAUUUUUGUGUUAAAGAAAAUAGUAGUUAUUAUUACACCUUAACUCUUUUAAACUAAUUUUUAAUAUAAAAUAACUUUUUGUUUUGCCCAGUAUAGAAGGGGAGGUGAUUCAGUGAACAAAUUAUCUUUGGUACUUGCAAUGUUUGUUUCAAGUUAAAUAAAUGAUUGAAAAAUGUUUUUUAUAAAAAUAAUUAUGAAUACUAACAAAAAUUGCAUCUAAUUUUCUUGUUUAGUAUAUUAAACAUUCAUAUUUAAAUAUAAUGGAAAAUUUUAGUAAAAUUUUCUUAUACAGAGACAUCUGGCAUCAACCAGUUUUGUAUAUUUGUAUAAAGAUGAAUUUUUUGUCGGGAGCAGUUGUUUGUCGGUAGCAGAUGAAAUAUUUGAAGUGGUUAGGGAGAGAAACUUAAAAAAUAAGCAUUUCCCCACCAGCUUUCUUUUCAUUUCAGUCUUUUAUGGUUGUCUGCGGUUGGUUAAAAUUUUUAACACUAUUAUUUAAAACAUCUGCUAUUCUUGAUUUACAAAUAUUCUGGUUUGACAUGAAGUGAAAAAAAAAAAAUCCCCACUUUGGCAUCAGCAAGAAGAUAUUAUUCUAACAGUUUUUGCUGAAAUAUGCACUCAACAUUUUUUUCUUCCAAUAAUGAGCUUGAAAACAUUUGAAAAUAUAUUUGUCAUUAUAUGUUUGUUGGUAGUCUCUUUGCUUAACCACAGAAAAUAAAAUGAUGUUUUUGUAUUAGUUUCAUAUCUACGUUCGUACCAUUACCAUUUCAUUUUAAAAUUUCUCAUUGUCAGUCUUUUAUUUCCCUUUCUUUCACCCUGAGUUAUCCCAUGAAAAUGCACAUAAAACAUUUUUUUAAUACAAAUAAGAGGACUUAGUCUUUUUGUGUGGUUAUGACUAUGAGUCUGUUGUGUGUUUUUCAUAAACUGAUUUGAUUUCAAAGUGCAUUUUUCUCACACAGGAUAGCGUGUAGUUGUGAGUAUAACAUUUUAAAAUCUCAAUGGAUCAUCACAACCCUCCCCACCUCUGGAUCAUCACAUUUCUGUAGUAGCCACAAGCAUGCGUACCUUCCUUUCCUCUGUCUACAACAGAAAACUGGAGUCAGUGUACAACACAACUGAAAACCAAGAGUACAACUUAACAGACAAUAACAACCCGCAGUUCCAUUUCUUCAAUCUUCUCUGUUUUUUUGGGUUAUAUUUUUGGUGUUUAGAGGUUGUUUUGAAAUCCUGUGGUGAAGGUGGCCAUGGAUCAGGCCUAAAUGUAUUGAGUUUAAAACUUUUAACAACAAACUAUGCAUAGGAAUAGGAAUGUUUGCUUGGAAAUCAGACAACAAGAAAAUUUAAAGAUCAUACAAACUAUGAAUAAGCAAAGGAAUUUGGAAUUAACAUUUUUAUCUUUAUAUGUAUCAAGAUUAAAGACAUCGCAUGAUUUUAUAAAGAUAUAAAAUCUGAAAAAGUUUAACGAGAUUAAUCACAUUUGUGAAGUUUUUUAAAAUUUGCUUGCCUAAUUGAGUACGGUAAUUAAAUGUCUAGAAUGUUGCAAGAGCCUUUACUUAAAAUAAGUAAUUAAAGUGCACUGGGUUCCAGUUUCUUGAAAGAUUUGUCAUUAAAAAAAAAAUUAAUUAAAUUAAUGAAGUGGCUUCUAUGAUAAGAACUCGGCUACAAUGUGUCAUCAACUUGAAAUGGCCUCAGUGGGGCUUAUAGAGAUAGAGCUCUUCCUUUAGAUGUGCAGUGAAGGACUGGCUCUCGUUUGAAAUCUUUAGUAAUAAUGUCAGUUAAAACUCCGACAGUGGCAAUGACAAGGCAGCUAAUAAAAAAUGUUCUGUCGUGUGUACGAAUACUGUGAAACGUGCAUUACUCUUUUAGGUCAGGUGGGUGAUGGCAUGUUCUGUAUUUAUUUCUAUUCAAAGUAUUGACGUUUUUCUCCCCACUUUCCUCCAUUACAAUAUCCUACUUUAUGUUAAUGGUUCAAAACAGUUUCAUUUGACAUGAUAUUUUAUCAUUAUUUGUACUUUGUGACCUUCAUUUAGUCUAAAAACUUCUAGGAUGUAUUCAGUUAAUUAAUGUCAGUUCACAUGGUACUAACCUGUGUGUCCCACUAACACAGAGGUUCUCCACCUGUGGGUCGUGAACCCUUUGGGGGUCGCAUGACCCUUUCCCAGGGGUUGCGUAAGACCAUCCGAAAUCACAUAUAAUCUACAGUUAUGACAUAUUAACGAAAAUAAUUUUUAGUUGUGGGUCGCCACAACACUGGGAACUGUUUUAAAGGGUCGCGGCAUUAAGAAGGUUGAGAACCACUGUACUAACAUAUUGCAUUGCAUAUUGUAUUCAAGGAUGCCGGUUACCAAUAGGAUCUAAUUACAUACUUUGUACAUCACAGUGCAUUACAUAACAGUUGAUAAGAGUAAGACAAACAUUUUGUUUAAUUUUACUACCACAAACUUCAGGACCAGCAAACUUGGAUGGCAUCAAUAAAAGUUGUGGCAUCAGGCAGGUAGCCAUUAUUUUAGUAUUUUUAUAGAUUUUUAAAGUUAUUCAAGGGAUUUUUGCUGUAUUGGGCUUGCAGAUUGGCAGAUGAGGGUUACAGAUUGGCAGAUGAGGGUUGCAGAUUGGCGAAGCAAACAUAUCAAGACUUAUAAAAAUUCAAAUGUCAGUUGCCCAGAUUUAACUAUUGAACCAAGAUUUAAUAUUGUGUAGAUGUAACAAAUGUAGUCAAUAAUAAAGUUAAUGAGGUCUCAUGAUAGUUAAGGCUAAGGGGUAUUUAUAUUUAUCACUAAUGGUGCUAACCAAAUAUGAAUCUAUGUAUUUUGUUAAUGAAAGUUUCUCCAUGACUAUGAUGUCAACAUAUUUAAAUAUAAAAUUAUAAUUUAACAAUAUAUUUUAUCUUUAGCAAAACCAUCAUCCAAUAAGUGUUUUCUGCUUAGGUUUUACAAAUUUGUUGUGAUUUCUAUUUUUAUCUGACACUUAAAAACUGUCUGUUUGCAUGGAGUGUGUGUUUGUACUUUAAUUGGAUAUCUAUUUAUAUACUAAUACUAAUGAUGAUUUUACUUCACUAAUUUUAUUUCUCCCCUUUUUUGUUU